CGGGACACAUUGAACAAGGGCGAAAAGCACAUCAUGGCAGUCGUGUUUGAGGGUGUAAGCCUCCGAUCUUUGUCAGAUCAUGGCGAUAUUUUACAAAGAACGGAAUCCAUUCUUAGAUUAGAAGUCGUUACUGAAAAUGAUCAGCCCGUCGUUACGAUAUAUAAUGGUUCGAGCGGCCAACAGAUGCUGAGGUUUUCACUUGACAGUAAAAAUGUGAAAUGUUGCCAGGCCAGCAAACACACAUAUCUUGUCAACAUGCAGGGCAGAUCCGUACUGCUGCAUUUUGGCUCUGACUUUGAGUUAUCCAGGUUCCAUAACAUCGUUGAGGGCGCUAUACAUAAUGCGUCCAGCACCGCCAAGGAAUCGGUGUUCACAGAAAGAACAGAAGAAGCCUCUGCAUCUCAGUACUUUCAGUUUUAUGGGUACUUGUCACAACAGCAGAACAUGAUGCAGGAUUACUUCAGGACCUCGACGUACCAAAAAGCCAUGCUGCAGAAUCAUGAGGACUUCAGGAAUAAGGUUGUGCUGGAUAUGGGAGCCGGGUCAGCAAUCUUGUCGUUUUUCGCAGUCCAAGCUGGUGCCAAGAAAGUCUAUGCUGUAGAAGCCAGCUCCAUCGCUCUCCAGGCACAGGCAUUAGUAGAAGCUAACAAGUUGUCUGAUCGUAUCACUAUUCUUGCCGGGAAAAUUGAAGAGUUACAAGUGCCUGAACAGGUUGAUAUUAUCAUCUCUGAACCGAUGGGCUACAUGUUAUUUAAUGAGCGCAUGCUGGAAAGUUAUCUACAUGCUAAGAAGUUCCUCAAACCAGGAGGCAAAAUGUUCCCCACCAUCGGUGAGCUUCACUGUGCACCGUUCUCAGAUGAUGCGAUCUACAUGGAGCAGUUCACAAAAGCCAAUUUCUGGUACCAGCAAUCCUUCCAUGGAGUGAAUCUCACCAGUCUAAGGGAAGAGGCCCUCCAGGAAUAUCUAAGACAACCUAUCGUUGACACCUUUGACAUCAGAAUAUGUCUGGCUCGGUCCCAGAAGUACACAGUGGAUUUCCUCAAGGCCCAUGAGAGUGAUCUACACAGAAUAGAAAUACCACUUCAGUUUAUUGCUCAUCAAUCUGGCGCUGUGCAUGGACUGGCUUUCUGGUUCGAUGUCGCCUUCUGCGGAACAAUGCAAACUGUGUGGCUGUCAACAGCACCCACAGAACCUCUCACACAUUGGUAUCAGGUACGAUGUCUACUAAGGGCCCCAAUCUAUGUCAAGCAAGGACAGAGUCUGUCUGGAAAAGUAGUACUCAUCGCUAAUAAAAGACAAAGUUAUGAUAUUGACAUCGAGUUGCAGUCCGACAGCAGCGGUGCCCGUUCCAACAACCGACUGGACCUGAAGAAUCCGUUCUUUCAUUACACGGGUCAGCAGCCGCAGCCCCCAACUGGUAGCCAUGAGACAUCUCCCAGUGAGAAGUAUUGGGAAGGAAUCCCUCAGCCUACUGCCGUUAAUGGUCUUCAAGAUACUAACAGCAUGCAGGGGGUGUCAUCUGUACAACCAAACAUGUCGCAAAGUUUUAAUCUUAUACCAUUGGCCAAUGCAGAACCAAUCAGCCAUACAGGCAUCCUACCAGGAGGCACGACCCAACGUCAGCAAACCAUUCAGAUCCCUUCAUCUGUAGGUGCCCUAAUGAGUAACGGUACGCUCCCCUAUAUGCAGAACGGACACAAUACCUUUGCAACCACAAACGCCUUCCCUAUGGUGGCCCCCGCUCAGUUCUCUAUCGUCGGAGCGACUGAUCAGCUAAGCCUCCAGCCAGGCACUGUUAUUCUUCAGGGUCAGCCAGGUGUCCAAGGGUAAAAAGGAUGUCAGGUAGUCAAGUAAGAUUCUUUAGACAUUACUAUUCCAUCGAUUCAUUAAUCUUGACAUGUAAUUUAAUCAGACCACAUAUAUCCCAUAAUAGAGAUUUGGUCGUCUUCUCCUCUUCUUUUUUAGCUAAUAAACUGUAUAAAUGAGUUCACUGUGGUGAUGCGUAAAGCCGUCCUCAGGUCGACCUACGAUUUGUUUGCACCCGCAUCAAACCAUCGGCAAUGUGCAGUCAAUGCUCAGGUCACAAUAACUGAAAAAUUGUGCGCCUGCCAUUGGGUCCCGACCCAAAUGUGAAUUUGCUUUACUCUUAGGACUGUUAAUUUUACGAGCGACGAUUGUGUCAGAUUGUCUUAAAAUCAUCGCAGUUACGCUCAGGUCGUAAAUAAUCUCCGACUAAAAAGUUCCCGAUGGUCUUAGCUCAGGCGCAGUGUGAUCCUGAAAAGUCAGUCGCCGACUGUUUUUUGUUGAUGCAAGGUCGAUCAGAGGCCGGCUUAAAAUUCACCGUGAAGAUGCGUAAAUUACAUUGUGGUGAUGCGUAAAGUUCACCAUGGUGAUGCAUAAAGUUGACUGUGGUGAUGCGUAAACUUCACCGUGGUGAUGCGUAAUUUGUGUGUCACCUGCUGUUUUUGUGCGGUGUAUUUUUUACAAUUUUUUUACAUGAGCCAUAUUCGUGCUGUGGCCAUUUUGUUAAAUUUCAUGUAGGCUGUAAAGAAAUACGAAUGCUACAUGUAGGACUUCUUCCAAACCAUUGUAUUAUGUUUGAGCCGAGGCUCAACACUCCGUAUGGUAUUGAAUACUGUGCAAAAUGUUCACUGCUUCAAAAUUGAUGACAGAGCCCACGUUUGCUUAGUCCAAGCUGGGAGUGGGGCCUAAGCUGGGAGCGGACUCAAGUUGGGAGUAGUGCCUUGUACCUUUUUAUAGUGUUUCUAGCAUCAAACGAAGCCAGAGACAACAAGCCAAGGUUUGGGAAUAGGCCCCUAGUGUUCAUUUUUAAGGUCACCUUGGAUAUAGUCUGGUACCUUUUUAUGCCGAGCUGUUGGUUGAUUGUACGUUGGACUGGCAAACAAGGAACCCAGCAAAACUGAUUGCUGUGAGAUACUCAUCAGAGCAGGGAAGUUUUCAAGAUCAAUAAAUUCACUACCAUUUUGCAAAUAAAAAUCUUUUUACAACAAGUUGAUCCUUUGUACCAUGUUAUGUUUACUUUCCGAGGAGGGUCUAUCCUGUUUACAACACUCAGUGUGAAUGUCUACACAAAGGAGCACAUUUUCUAAAAUUUAUUUAUUUGUGUUUUCUUAAAGUGAUUGGUAAGAAAUAAAAAUAAUGACUACAAUGGGAUUGUAAUGAAUUUACUCUUCAAAACAUCAUUGAAUACUUCGUAAAAGACUGUUAUUGUCAGCUUUGUCACAAAAUAAAUUUCCUGUAAAAAUUAUGAAAAUGUGGCAUUUGUUGUAAACAGCAAAUGUACCUUUUUUGCACCCCGAUAUCUUUACUCUUAUUGUGUUGUUAAGCUGAAUUAAGACAGGAAUCAUUGUGCUUGCUCUUGUAUACGGAGCAAUUGAAUAUACUGUUUUCUCUCAAUAAUCAAAUGUACAUACCAGAUUGUUACUUGUACCAUGUUUUGGCCGUUUCCAUCAUUUUUAGUAUAAAUGAAGAUCAGGGUUCUGUUUCAUGGCUCUGCUUAUGCUAAGCAUUUAUCAAGGCUUAGGUCAGUAGAAAAGAAUGUGCUUAAAUUAAGCAUAUUUGAGUAAGAAAAGUUUGCUUGUGUGUGUGCACACUUUAACGUUACUAAGCAUUCUUCUCUUUCAACAGCUUGUGCAGAAAUUUGGUACUAAGCUGAGAGAAUGGUGACUGUAAAGUGCUUAAUUUGGUACUAAGCUGAGAGAAUGGUGACUGUAAAGUGCUUAAUUUGGUACUAAGCUGAGAGAAUGGUGACUGUAAAGUGCUUAAUUUGGUACUAAGCUGAGAGAAUGGUGACUGUAAAGUGCUUAAUUUGGUACUAAGCUGAGAGAAUGGUGACUGUAAAGUGCUUAAUUUGGUACUAAGCUGAGAGAAUGGUGACUGUAAAGUGCUUAAUUUGGUACUAAGCUGAGAGAAUGGUGACUGUAAAGUGCUUAAUUUCACGGUAAGCCGAGCCAUGCAAUUAGGCCCUCGUAGUUGUAGAUUGUUGAAUAUUAAAUAAUGGUAAUAGAAUCUUUCCCAGUCGUUCGUGGUGUACAAGUAUUUACCUUUAGUUGUUUAAAAAGAAAACUAGCAAGUUGAGACUGUACUCAACUGGAGCUAGAGAUUUUCAUCAGCCAUUUUUGUAGGCUGCCCUCAAAUGCUUGGGGAUGUUAUAUUGUUCUUUUAUUUGUGCAAGCCCAUGAGUGAUGUUUGCCUGUAAACUUGAAAAAUAAAGCAUAUCAUAAGACACAAUA